UCCAGAUCAAAUUCAUUCUUCAGCUCAGUAUAUCUAUUCAUAGUAGUAGCUCUUCCAAGUCUGUCAGUAAUCAAAUAAUCAGACUUGAUUGAUUUCCUGUGAAGGGCUUAAUAGUAGCUUGAGUUAAAUAUAAUGUGGAAUUAUAACAAGUUGUUUGUUAUGGUCGUUACGACCGCCCUUGUGAUUUCAUGGUGUGUGGAAGCUAGGAUUGUACGAAGUGAUCUGGGCGUGGACCUCGGAGGUGGAGGUUUGGGUGUAGGCGUGGGGUUGGGCGUUGGUGCAGGCCUAGGUCUUGGUGGAAGUGGAAGCGGCUCUGGCUCUGGAUCCGGUUCGGGUUCGGGCUCUGGAGCUGGUUCUGGGGCUGGCUCUGGAGCAGGUUCUGGGGCUGGUUCAGGGGCCAGUUCUGGUGCUGGGUCAUAUGCAGGUUCGGGAGCAGGCAGCCAUGGUGGUGGCAGUCAGGGUGGUGGUUCGGGGAGUGGCUACGGUGCAGGUUCUGGUAGUGGGCAUGGUGAAGGUGGCGAGAGUGGGUAUGGUUCAGGGUCGGGCUCUGGCAGUGGCUAUGGAAGUGGUUCCGGGAGUGGCUAUGGUGCAGGUUCUGGUAGUGGUUAUGGAGAAGGCAGGGGCAGCGGUAGUGGCUAUGGAAGUGGUUCGGGACGUGGCUCAGGUUAUGGGGCGGGUUCUGGUUCUGGUGUCGGCCGUGGUGGAGGAGGGUACUGAAUUCAUGUCACAAUUUGCCUGCAUUAGACUAAAUAAGUUUAGGUAUCAUGAGUUGUAAUGGCAACUUCUACAAAUAAGUAUAUAGAAAUAUUAUCUAUAAUAAUAUAUAUAUAAUGGAAAAUGCCUUUGUGUGGUAUGGGUCUCCCCUUCCACUAUAUUUUCCUUUACAUGUAGUUGCAGUUUGUGUUUG